GUCAUCUCACCUUGAACAAAGUUGUAAGUCUUAUUUAAAUUUCCUCUUCUUCUUCUCCUUCUUCUUCUUCUCCUUCUCCUUCCUCUUCCUCUUCCUCUUCCUCUUCCAUGUUUAGUUUCACUACCUUCCUUACAUAUCGUCUUUUGGAUCAUGUCUUCCUCAUCUCCUCCUACUUCAUAUUCGUCCCAUCUUCCAUUUGGUAAUGUAACCACGGAUAGUUACAACACUGGAUAUACUAUGCUGUGCACCGAUUCUGUCGUGUCAACCUACAUUUCAGCUCUUAAUUCCUGGACAACCUUUACUCCGGCAACAUGCUCAUAUAAUAGAUCUCUGACUGCUACCACGAACCCGUCCUCAACAUUAGCUAUCACCAUCACUUCUACUGAGAUUACAACUGCAUCACCUCAAGAAACACCCUUCAAUUAUGUAUCGACAGUCACGGAAUUCAGUAGCACUGCGAUAACUACUACAGUUACUCGUAGUGUGAGUACAAGUUCUCAGACGAGCAAUGCCCUGAAAGAGACGCUGCAAUUGGGGCCAUCCAGUCUAUCUGGGGUAACUGGUCUGGGUUGGAUACUCUUCUUCAGCUACAAAGUCCUCCAUCGAUAAAUGACAGCCAUAACAGCUUGAAUCUCAGAGUGAAGUCAGUGAACGAUUUCAUAUAUUAUUAUUAUCAAUGACGUCAGCCAAACGGAAACAACAAAUUCAGAUGAAAGUCAACUUGAUAUCAACCAUCAACCACCAACCACCAACCAUCAACCACCAACCAUCAACCAGACAACCAAAGCAGUAACAAGGAGCGCGUAUACAUUCAUCUUCCCAUAGCAUUUCACGAUAUUUGAACCUCUCGUCGUACUUUACCACCGAGAUUUCGGAAUAAUCGGAAAAGUUUCUUCCACGAUGACAUGUUCUCUGAUUGGUGCGGAUAAACAUGGAUAAAGUCAUCGCGGGGUUGCUGGCAGAGUGGGGUGAUGAACGAAGCACAGCUCGACAA